AUGCAAGAAGCACGCAAAGAGAGGAUCAUGACGUGCAUUGCGGUCGAGCGAAUGAUUACUGCAGAGGUCAGUGAGAUCUCUGCGGACCCGACGGCGAUGGGGCUGCGGGCCGAGGAGGUGCCUUCGAAUCAGAGAGAAAAGGUCGCGAUGGAGAAUCUGGUGUUGCAGAAGAUCCUGAAGAAGCGGCGCGUCAGAGGGGGCUAUGUCGGUUGGCGAAAUUGGCGAAGCAUGAAGAACGACUUCUUGGGUCGUUACGCGCCAGCUAUCUUCCUGCUGUCAUACAAUUAUGUAGAACCCAAGAUGUUCCACUUUGGUCGCAUAGACUAUUGGGACGCUUUCGUAUUCCUUUGGGGAGCUUGCGCCGUUUCGGGAGGGCCCACCAUCAUCACAGUGUUCAAGCAAGUGCAAGUGAACCGCAUCUUAGGGUUCACUUAG